GACGUUGAUAUUAUGCAAACUGCGCACUUGUUUGUCCCUCAUCGCUUGCCGUCGUUGUUUUUUUAGCGAUAGCGAGAAACUCUGCUCUAGAGCUGCGGUCGUACAAUUUGAAAGCAGGUUAAAGUUGGAGGGGGAAGUAGGCGAACCACCAUGUCCAGUAGUGUGCUGUGUAGUCGCAGCAGGUUGGUCCUGUCUAAGACUCCUGGCAAUAAAGCAUUGGCUGCCCUCCGUGCCGGCAGAACCAGAACCUUCUCCGCUGCUAGCUCAGAUGAACCUUACAUAGCCGUAUCACACACAGACUCCGGGCAGAGGACCGUGUGGCCUGACGAGAACAUGGGGCCGUUCGGACCGCAGGACCAGCGCUUCCAGUUACCGGGUAACGUCGGGUUCGACUGCCACCUGGAGGGCACGGAGAACCAGAAGAAGACGGCCCCGGUCCACAGGACGGUGCCGGAUGUACUCACAGCCACGAGCUGCACUGAGAGGCACCAGUUCAUACUGGCCCAGUUUGUUAACGAGUUCCAAGGUAACCUGGGUGCAAUAAACACAAGAGUCCAUAAAGCUGAGCAGUACUUUAAUCAGACAGAGACAGACUGCUCCAUAAAUUCUUGCCCUGAGCUGCUCAGGAAAGAUCUCGAGCUCAUGUUCCCCACUGCGCCCUCCUCCUCCAUCACAGUUGUGACAGUCACACAGAGUAACGGUCCGUGUGAGGAGGCAGCCGAGCCGGACAAAGACCAGCUGCUGCACAAAUUUGUGAGCGGCGCCAAGGAAAUGUGCUUCGCUCUGUGGACCGCCGGCUACUGGGCCGACUUCAUCGACCCAACAACAGGGGCAGCUUUCUUUGCGUCUCCAUCAAGUCAAACCAAACUGCGAACGGAGGAGGAACUAAGAGACUUGGGAUUCCACAUCGAAGUGUCGGGCUCUUGCACAGUUAUACGCCACAUCCUGAGAGGAACGCCUCAGUUUGUGGGGACUGUUUUCACCAACGCACCCGCUCACAGUUCUGCCAUCGCGAGACUGCAAGGACUUUCAAAUGUGCUUGCGGAUGAGGAAUAGGCUUUUUGAGACAUAUAUAUAUAUAUUUCCCAGAAAGGUAUUCAAACAAGGCGUCUUAUUUAUGGUUUGAAGAAGCUUAGAUGUUGUUAGCGUUGGUCAACCCGACUUACCUUGCACUACGUCGGGAAAGAAACACAAACUCCGAGGCCUUUCGACAUGUAACAUCUGUUGUUUGAAGAGUAGAAUUUUGUAGAAUAAUUCAAGUGUUGAGACGGUUUUAUUUGAUUCACUAUAGUUGUGACCGUCAGAACUACUCAGCCAAUAAAGUGACUUCUCAUCAGGCCGCAGUCACAUUGUUUCCUGUAGCGGUGAGUGUGCUCCUUCACUGAAGUGUUUUCCAAAUUGAUCAACACAUUCUAGUACUCAGGGAAAUUAAUUAUCCUACUUGAUAUUUUACUUUUCAUUAGGAAAAGUUUCCUCUACAUAAAAAAUAUGCAACAACAUAACAGUUUCUAUAAUGAAAAAUGGACAAUAAAAAGCGUUUGUGAAACGCUUAAAAUAUCAAAGUAAGCUUUGAACUACAAAAAGUACCAGUAGUUAUGCAGGAUUGCCCAUGUUAGAUGUGUGUACAUCUCUAAUGCUGUUAAAAGGUGAGGAUACAUUUAACUACCUUACAUACGACUGCAAUUCAACCUGUAAUAAUACAUCAUUUGGUUUUUGCUUUAUAUUUUUGUAUAAAUCAGAAUGAUUGAAGUAACUAAAAAACUAAUAUAUAUUUUGUUUUCUAAUUUGUUUUUGGUUUUAAACAUAACUUUCAAAUAUAAAAGUGAAGUUUCAGUCUGAGCAUUGGAAAAAGAGAAUUUAGAAUUAAUAUUGUUCAUGGCCAAUUAUUGUUGAUGAAUUCACCACUCGAUCCUCUGGGUUAGAAUUGUACUUCUGCUUGAUGUGAUUGCUGAAAGCAGCAAAGAACAUCUGGUAUUUCUACGUUUGGAGUCUGAAACAAAUGUAGUGCUGGCCAACACAUUUUCACAAGACAUUUUUAUUUUUCA